AUGGCCAGUAAGGGCCCCCAGGCCGCCUUCGUGGAAGAAUUUGACGAAGAUUCCAACGCUACUCUACCCGGCACUAGGUUGUCAGCAAACAUUGCUCCCAACAGUGCUGUCAAACUCUCGAGGUUGGAUCCUAGAAACCCGGAGCCGCUGAUCGACGGCGCCAGUGACUCAGGUUAUUCUAGUCGCACCGCCGCCACCGUCAACAGCACCCAAUCUGGCCCGUCAGGCGGAAAAAGUCCCCCGGCCCCUCUUAAGCUGGACAACCCCAAACGUGCCGACCUCUCCAGAAAAAGUUCCACCAGAGAACGCAGAGACAAGGAACGAUCCAGGCCUUCGCACGACGAGAAGAUGGUAGGUGCCUACGCGGGCACUGCCCAUCAUGCUCACGUGCAUCGGUCAGCGUCCAAGUCUCAACGACGAGACCCCGGCCACGCUCGCCAGUACCACCACGAUAACUACUACGAUUACCACGGCUACCAACCCUCCGCUCCCGUUGACACUCGUCCCGGUGAGUAUCCCUUCUACCAACAACGCCCUCCCGUGCCGGACUUCUCAUCCUCCCCGCACGCCCCUCGAUACGGCGCCGUCGAAAGCAUCCACGUCAGCAACCCCGGUCGAUCCAACCGCUCCCAUUCAUAUCACACCUACCACAACAGUCGCCCCAUGAGCUUCCACGGUAUGCCACCAGGCAUGGGAUCCGGUAUGAACUCGGGUGUGGCAUCUCCGAUGUACAGCCAGUCGUCCAUGCACGGAUACGACUAUGGUCCCCCACCAUCCAACUCGGCCUACAUGCAGAACCAGUACUCAUCCUCUCCAUACGGACAAUCCACCUACUACGCUCCCUCGGAAUAUGGUGCCCCAUCGGAAUACCCCCGUGAGCGGUCUCUCUCCCGAGAACCAGGGCGGCAUCGAUCCAACUCUGUCUAUGGGCCCCCACCGCCCCCACCAAUGGACUCCGGAGCAUACUCUCCAUGGUAUGAGGAGGACCAGCCUCUGGAGCGAUAUCCCUCGCGAGAGGUCCGUGGCCGUCCUUCCAUCAGCCAACAGGACCCAGAUGAGGAUUAUUACCGCGGAAGCAUGGCUCCCCCACCGCCACCAAUGCCCAAGCCCAAGCUCAGGUCAACCCCACAGGUUCACCAGGUCAAACGUGUGCUCGAACGACCCGAACCACGGAAAGUGCACACCAGCACCGCUGCCGUCCCGUCCCAACGCCGUGCGUCCAGAAACCUGGACCGGGACAGAGGCGCGGAUCGUGAGUAUGACCGAAUGGAUCUGGCAGAGUUGAAGGACUCCCUCCCCGUAGUUUCCGACCGGGAUCGUGGAAACCGUCGCAUUUCCAGGGAUGCUCCGCCCGAGAGAACCCAGAGCAUGCGGGCCCCGCACCGGUCUACGAGCUACGCGGCUGAGCGUGGAUCUGCCCAGGUGGCCGUGGCCAGCUCCCGGCGACGGAAGCCAACCGAAUACUACUACGAACCAUCCAGCGUCGCAGAUGACCUUGAGGAUCGCGAACUUGCCGCUGAAAACUACCAAGCUGCACGGUCCGGCCGAGCAUCGACUGCCGCCCUGCCUCUCUCGCAAGAGGUUCUGCCCCCGAGUAAGCCAUCCAACCGAAAUGGGAGCGAUAGCGGCAGUCAGAAGAGCCGGUCGAACAGCAGCCGUGGCAGCGGUACAGGUUCACGAACAGAAGAAGACAAGAACAUGACCUUGACAAUGAACGGAUUGAAAAUCGGAUUUACUCAGGAAGCAGUUGCAGGCAAGUCCAUCAACAUUCGUACUGGGGAAACCGGGGGCGUCCGAUUGAACAUCGGAGGUGGUCCUCGGCAGCCCAGGCAGUAUGUCCAUGGCUCUGGCUCUGAUUAUACGGGUGGUGCUAGCCGCCAUCGGGAGAUCGAAGAUGUUCGACGCACUCGCGAAGACCGCCGACUGGAACGUGGCUCACGCCGCGACAGCCAGUCAGCCUACGCAGGUGGAGGUCGUUACCACCAUUGA